AUGCUGAGGAUGGGGUUAAAGCCGAAUCAGUUUACUUUAGGGAGUGUUCUGAAGGCUGCUGGGAGUUUGCAGAAUGAUGGGAUGGGGAAGGGAAUUCACGGGACCUGUGUGAAAUGCAGGUACGAGGAGAAUGUUUAUGUGGGGAGUGCAUUGGUGGAUAUGUAUGCAAGGUGUGGACAAAUGGAGGUGGCACAAGCCAUGUUUGGUAGGCUGGAGAGAAAGAAUGAGGUUUCCUGGAAUGCUGUUUUAGCUGCUUAUGCAAGGAAAGGGGAGGGAGAGAGUGCGGUGAGAUUGUUCUCGGAGAUGAAAAGGGAUGGUUUUGAGCCAACCCAUUUUACGUAUUCUAGUGUUUUUAUGGCGUGUGCAAGUACCGGAGCUUUAGAGCAGGGAAAAUGGGUGCAUGCUGAUAUGGUGAAAUCAGGGCUGAAGCUUAUUGCUUUUGUUGGGAAUACUCUUCUUGAUAUGUAUGGUAAGGCAGGCAAUAUUGAGGAUGCAAAGAUGGUUUUUGAUCGGCUGGCCAAGCGAGAUUUAGUUUCAUGGAAUUCAAUGCUUACGGCUUAUGCUCAGCAUGGACUUGGAAAGGAAACUGUAGAAUGUUUUGAGGAUUCGCUUAGGAAGGGAUUUCUGCCAAAUGAAAUUACUUUCCUUUGUGUGCUCAAUGCUUGUAGCCAUGCCGGGCUUCUGGAUAAAGGGUUGUAUUAUUUUGAACUGAUGAAGAAAUUCAAGAUAGAGCCAGAGGUUUCACAUUAUGUCACAGUUGUUGAUUUACUUGGUCGAGCAGGCCAACUUGAUCGUUCUGUAAGGUUCAUACGAGAAAUGACAAUUGAACCCACUGCAGCCGUUUGGAAAGCGCUUCUUGGAGCUUGUAGGAUGCACAAGAAUAUGGAGUUGGGUGCUUAUGCUGCAGAGCGUGUAUUUGAACUUGACCCCUAUGAUUCAGGUCCCCAUGUGUUGCUCUCUAACAUCUAUGCUUCUGCUGGUAAAUGGAGUGAUGCUGCAAAAGUGAGGAAGAUGAUGAACGAUAGUGGGGUGAAGAAGGAACCUGCUUGUAGUUGGGUUGAGCUAGAGAAUGCUGUACACAUUUUCGUGGCAAACGAUAUUACACAUCCACAGAGAGAAGUGAUUCGUAGAAUGUGGGAGAAGAUCGCUGAUAAAAUCAAGAAAAUUGGAUAUGUCCCAGAUACUACUAAUGUGCUGUGGGGUGCCGAUCAGCAAGAGAGAGAAGAGAGGUUGCAAAAUCAUAGCGAGAAACUCGCUCUAGCAUUUGCACUUCUCAAUACUCCACCAGGAUCCCCCAUCAGGAUCAAGAAGAACAUUAGAGUUUGUGGUGAUUGCCACACAGCAUUCAAGCUUGUAUCAGUGGUGGAGAACAGGGAAAUCAUCUUGAGAGACACCAACCGUUUCCAUCAUUUUCGUGGUGGCUACUGCUCCUGUGGAAACUAUUGGUAGUUGUAAUACUAACACCUAAUCUUUUGCUGCUCAAUCGGCACAAUCUAUAAUUAUCUUGUAUUUAAAUUCUGAUUUGAA